AUGGCUGACAAAAUCAAUCCAGUUGACGUCCUCAUUAUCGGGGGAGGUCCUGCGGGCCUCUCUGCUGCUCUUCAUCUUGCUCGCCAGUCUCACAGCGUUACCAUCUUUGAUUCUGGUAGCUACCGCAAUGACCCCAGUGCCGAGCUUCACGGUGUUUCCACCUGGGACCACCAGCACCCCGUCGAUUUCCGUAACAAGUCCAGAGAGGAGCUGGGCCAGUUCCCCAAUGUCCGCAUCGUCGACAUCGAGGUCCAGAAGGUUGCAAAAAUCAAUGAACAGCUGUUUUGCAUCCAGGCUGAGAACGAUAAAUUCUGGAUUGGUAAAAAGGUGCUUCUCGCCACCGGUUCGCAGGAAAUCUUUCCAGAGAUCGACGGAUAUAACGAAUGCUGGGGAAGACGCAUUUUCCACUGCCUGUUCGCCGAUAACUACAAAGUCCGCAAGUCUGCUGCUGCUGGCGUUCUGGCCGUGAAGCCCUGCGGCAACCUAUCCAUGGCUCUCUACCUUGCCCAGAAGGCUGCACAGUUCAGCGCGGAAGUCAUCAUCUACACACACGGGGACCAGCAGCUGGCUACCCAGCUCGAGGCCGCCCUGGCGGAGGCCGCUCUUCAGACCGGUGGCAACAACGACGCCAACCAGCAGACCUCCAAACUCUUCAAGGUGGUGUCCGACCCCGUUGACGGCAUCGUCACCGUCUACGACGCCGACGGCAACCCCAUCGCCCUGGAGCUGUACUUUGUCGACCGCACCGAGGAGAUCGCGUUCAUGCUUCACAACCCCAUCGUCGUCCUUAGGGGCACCUUCGCCGCCCAGCUCGGGGUCGAGGUCGCCCCAGGUCCCUUCCCGGGUACCGGCAACAUCUCUAUCUCGGCGCCCUCCCUGCAGACCAACGUGCGGGGCGUCUUCGCUGCCGGAGACUGCAUGGCCAACCCCAAGACCAUCCCUAAUGCCAUGGCCACGGGAUGCAAUGCUGCCAUCGGUAUCUCGGCCCAGUUGCUCGCUGAGAAGCACCAUCACGGUCCUCUCUUCUAA